AGCCGAAAACACCAAAGAAGAAGAAGAAGAGGAAGACACACAAACAGAUCCCCCGGUAUUUCACGGGAACGAUUUUGCCCAAGGAGACUAUUUGAUUUUGUCCCAUCUAGCGAGCCGACGCCAGCUGCUCACAGGGUUCCGUUCAGCUUUCUUGGCUUUCUUUUAUAGUCUCAUUUUAGGCGGGAGGUCGUUCUCGCUCUCGCAACACCGGCGUGCACCAUGGCAGGGCCGCUGUGCCUUGCCCGCCGCCUCCAUGUCUCUGCCCCGGUCAUCCUGCGGCAGGCCCUGAGGAGUUUUAGUGUCACAGCAGCAAGACCCAGAGAAACAGCAGCAGCAGAGACAGCAAUAAGAAGUGAAAGCAGAAAUUCUCCUGCCAUAUUUGAUGAGGAAUUUGAUGACAGUGAUGUCGUCGUGCCACGGGAAGCCUGGAUUGAAACUCUGGACACCAGCGUUGCAUCACCCCUGACAGGCCUGAUACACCUUCACCCCCGGGUGUUUGGUGCUUACCCAAGGCUUGACCUUAUUCAUGAGAACGUAGUCUGGCAGCAGAAAUAUCGUGCAGUAAAUACGGCCCACACCAAAUUACGAUCAGAGGUGCGAGGUGGCGGGAAGAAACCGUGGCCUCAGAAGGGACUGGGUCGGGCAAGACAUGGCUCCAUACGGUCUCCUUUAUGGCGUGGUGGAGGGGUCGUGCACGGGCCCCGGGCGAAUACCACACAGUUCUACAUGUUGCCCUUUUUUAAACGAGUGCGGGGACUCACCUCAACACUUUCUGCUAAGUUUGCACAGGAUGACCUAAAGGUUGUGGAAAACCUUGAUAUACCAUCCGAUGAGUCGGGGUACCUGCAGAAGCUGUGUGAGGACCGUGCCUGGGGAAUAUCUGUUCUCUUUGUGGAUGAUACUGACCUCAUGCCACGCAACAUCACCCUUGCCUCGGACACCCUCAUGCACAUGAACCUGAUGCCUGUGUAUGGCCUCAACGUACACAGUAUGCUGAAGCAUGAAACUUUAGUGCUUACGGUGGCGGCGGUGAGGCGCAUCGAGGAGAGGCUCCUCUACCACAUGAACAGACCGGACUUGACAAUGGCCCACAAAAAGUUUAAAAAGUAGCCCAGUAGAGACAGGAUAUUGUGGUUCUGUGGGCAGUUAGUGGCCAGAGUUUCUUUAAUGUUUCAGGUUGCGUUGAAAAAUGUACGUUGAUGCAUCUUUACUGAAAAACUUGCUGAAUGGUUCACAUGCUGCAUUAAAAUUAUAGAGCUUCAAAAUGUAGCAUUCAUUAUUAUGUUUAUGAGAUCUAAAUGUACAUAAAACAUCUAUGAAAGUUUGAAUGAUUUAUAUAAUAAACAUGUAGAUAUAUUUGUG